AUGCAUGAGCCUGUAUUUCCCUUGAACCGCCUUAUGGGCCCUCCCCUCCUCACCUCCCCUCCUCACCUCCCCACUCUUGCUACCAUUCUGGCUUGCCGUCCCCUCCUUGCCGUCCCCUCCUUGCCGUCCCCUCCUUGCCCCGCCCUCCUUGGCGUCCCCUCCUUGCCCCGCCCUCCUUGGCGUCCCCUCCUUGCCCCGCCCUCCUUGCCGUCCCCUCCUUGCCCCGCCCUCCUUGCCGUCCCCUCCUUGCCCCGCCCUCCUUGGCGUCCCCUCCUUGCCCCGCCCUCCUUGGCGUCCCCUCCUUGCCCCGCCCUCCUUGGCGUCCCCUCCUUGCCCCGCCCUCCUUGGCGUCCCCUCCUUGCCCCGCCCUCCUUGCCGUCCCCUCCUUGCCCCGCCCUCCUUGCCGUCCCCUCCUUGCCCCGCCCUCCUUGCCGUCCCCUCCUUGCCCCGCCCUCCUUGCCGUCCCCUCCUUGCCCCGCCCUCCUUGGCGUCCCCUCCUUGCCCCGCCCUCCUUGCCGUCCCCUCCUUGCCCCGCCCUCCUUGGCGUCCCCUCCUUGCCCCGCCCUCCUUGGCGUCCCCUCCUUGCCCCGCCCUCCUUGCCGUCCCCUCCUUGCCGUCCCCUCCUUGCCGUCCCCUCCUUGCCGUCCCCUCCUUGCCCCGCCCUCCUUGGCGUCCCCUCCUUGCCCCGCCCUCCUUGGCGUCCCCUCCUUGCCCCGCCCUCCUUGGCGUCCCCUCCUUGCCCCGCCCUCCUUGCCGUCCCCUCCUUGCCCCGCCCUCCUUGGCGUCCCCUCCUUGCCCCGCCCUCCUUGCCGUCCCCUCCUUGCCCCGCCCUCCUUGCCGUCCCCUCCUUGCCCCGCCCUCCUUGCCGUCCCCUCCUUGCCCCGCCCUCCUUGGCGUCCCCUCCUUGCCCCGCCCUCCUUGCCGUCCCCUCCUUGCCCCGCCCUCCUUGGCGUCCUCUCCUUGCCCCGCCCUCCUUGGCGUCCCCUCCUUGCCCCGCCCUCCUUGCCGUCCCCUCCUUGCCGUCCCCUCCUUGCCGUGCCCUCCUUGCCCCGCCCCACCAGGUCAAAGAUUCGAUGCAAUGUUAUCCCCGUAUCCCUGCCCGUCGCAUCCUGUCCCCCAUGCCAGAUCUCCCCAGCUUACCGUUUCAAUGAUGACGGGGAGCCGGGAGGAACAGCCGGGCGGCCGAUUUUGGCAGCUAUUGAGGGGGCUGGGGUGGAUGGUGUCAUGGUGGUGGUAACCAGGUACUAUGGGGGAGUGAAGCUAGGAACAGGCGGUCUGGUGAGGGCGUAUGGCGGAGCAGCAACAGGAGCACUGCGGGAAGCCACUCUGGUUCCAGUCCUGCGAAAGUGCACCACGUUGGACUUCUUUACACCGUGGUUUCAGCUAUAA